AUGGAGGUGCAGAUGAUGGCCACGAAGUACAAGCUCGCGACGGCAGUGAACGGCGUGCAAAACUACAGCGAGGAAGGUACGGAGGCCAGCCAUCAAAUCGCGGUUGAGCCGGUCGGCAAGGUACCUUCCGCUAGCCUGACCCCUCACUUGGAGGACCACGAGAAGCUCGAGAAGGUUGCCGAUCCAGCAAAGCAGAAGAAUGUUCGACAAAGAUUGCAGGUGCGAUUAAACAUUCUCUCGUCGCAGCAGCUGGUUACAGGAAAGAACCUCCAUGAUGCCGUCACAUCGCUGGGUCUGACGACUUACGCGGUCGAGGACAUGAAUGAUCUUGUGAACGAGAUGGCUGCCUUUAUCAGCCUCCGGUUUGUCAAGCAGCAGGAGUCCCAGCUGAACCGCGGAUGGUCCUCCAACAGCGUUUUCUCGGCCCAGGAACAUGGCGACUUGGGCAAAGCAGUCUGGCAAUGGCCAUCAGAGAGGAUGGGAAGCAUGAGGAAGGGCUCUCAAUCCGAACUUGCCGGAUCCAUUGAUGAGCAUCGGACCUAUGACUUCAACGUUGUGCCUGCCAAAGCCCUCAUGGACAUCUUUCUCCACAAGGAUGCGGAACUUCACCGACGGCUCUUCCACCCACGCUUGCUGACGCAGUUCCAGGCCAUGCGAGAGAUCCUCCUGGCCGGCGAUACCAACAAGCUGGUGGCCGAGCUGACAUUUGUUCGCAUCAAUGAUUUGGCCGCACCCCCUGAGGCAGUGGACGCCCUGUUCUACAUCGAACCCAUGGUGGCCAUACUCAUUCUGGUGAAUGGCAUCAUGAUCGGCUUCCAGACUGAUCCCAACUUCGAGCAUUGGUCCGGCUGGCCAUACGUGGAGUUGAUCUUCGCCAUCCUACUGGUACUGGAAUGCUGCCUCAGAGUAUGGCUGUCUGGCGGCCUUCGGGGCUUCUUCUGCUCAGCGGAGCGUUUGUGGAACGUGUUCGACCUCUUUCUGGUGUGCACUGCCAUCACGGAUGUGAGCUUCCAGCUCUUCAUGCAGGAGGGCUCAGACAUGUUCGGCGCCUCUCUACUGCGCUUCUGCCGCCUCAUCCGCCUGGUGCGUGUCGUGAAAGUAUUUCGCCUGAACUACAUGAAGGAGCUGCGUCUGAUGGUGAAGGGCUUGGUUGGGGGAAUCCGCACGCUGCUGCUCUCCUUUGCGCUGCUCUUCGCGGUGCUCUACGUCAUCGCCGGCUUUGCCACGAUGACCAUCGGCCGAUAUCAUCGAACUCCUGGAGACUUGCAGGGGCACUUUGAGAACAUCCCUCAGUCUAUGUUCACUUCCUUCCGCUGCUUCUCUGGCGAAUGCUUUGCAAACUCAGGUGCACCCAUUGCCUCAGUGAUGUCCUCGGUGUUCGGCUGGCCCUUCGUCCUCUCCUACGUGCUGAGCUACAUGUUGGUCUCCAUGGGAAUCUUCAAUGUGAUCCUCGCAGUCUAUGUGGACAUCACCAUGCGUGCUGCCAAGGAGACGGAAGCGACGACUGCGGAGCAGUAUGCACGAGAAUCCAUCCGCAUUGCCCGGACCACACGAGAGCUUCUCAAGAAGUUCGCCGAGGCAUAUCGCUUGUUCCAUGACACCAGAGAUGAGGACAAGUCCCGCCUGAACUUCGGCACCAGCUCGUUCACCGACGAAGACAUCCGUCACAACAUUGCCAUUACCAAAGAGCUGUUCCUGCUGGUCAUUCAGGACCAGAAUGUCCAGAAGCUCAUGAAUGACCUGGACCUGCCAUCAGAUCGUGCAAACCUGUUUGAGGUGAUUGAUGCUGAUGGCAGCGGAACGUUGCACGUGACGGAGCUGGUGCAAGGUUUGCUGAAGAUUCGUGGAGAGUUGACGAAGAGUGACACCGUCGCCACUCAUUUGAAGACGCAGGCGAUUCAGGGCAUGCUUGCGGACUUGAAGGAUGAGCAAGCACAAUUCCGAGACGUGGUGCUGCACUCCAUGGCGGCAUUGGCCAGCGUCUACCAAGUCGCAUCUGUGGCGGAAGGCCGCCGGGUGUCGGAGGCGCCGCUUGAAGAUCCUAAGGUGAUUGACUUGGACGGCGCUUUGCGGCCGGACCCUGUGCCCAACACUGCCUUUACUCAGGACGCGGCCAACGGUCGUGGUCUCGAUAAUGUACUCUCGAGGAAGCCACCGAUGCCUUCUAGCGCACCGGAAGGUGCUUUUCCGAACUUGCAGUCGGCUGAGGUGAGCGAGCUGCAGUCUCCCAAAUCCGUGGUAUCCACUGGGUCCCGGUGCCGCGAUAUCUGA